UGCCCGCCCGUGCCUCCAUCCCUCCCCGCCCCCCCGGCUGGCCGCGCCCGCUGCCCGCGCCGCGCAGGGGCGGUGGGCCGGCCGGCCGGCGCGCAGGCGGCGGGGGGCGGGCAGGGGCGGUGCUGCGGAGCCCCGGCUGGGCUCGGCUCAGCGCGGCGCGGAGGAGCGGAGCGGAGCGGCCGCGAUGGGCGCCUCGGCGGCGGAGCGGCGGCGGCGGCGGCGGGGGGACCUGCUGCGGGGGCAGCUGGGCGCCCUCGCCGCCCUGGCCCUGCUCCUGGCCGGCUGCGCGGCCGGUCGCGGCGGUUAUGAUGCCCUGAACUAUUCUGUGGAAAGUAAUGACAAAUGGAGUGGGAGACAGCUACUGCAAGCAAAUGAGGAGAACGCGACUGAUGUCCCAGAGGAUGGGGGGCAGCCGUAUGUCAGAAAUUGCACUGAACCAGCUCUCCAUGAAUUCCCCAAUGACAUCUUCACAAACGAGGACAGGAGACAUGGAGCUGUGGUCCUGCACGUCCUUUGUGCUGUGUAUAUGUUCUAUGCUUUGGCAAUUGUCUGUGAUGAUUUCUUUGUCCCUUCAUUGGAAAAGAUUUGCGAACGCUUGCAUCUUAGCGAAGAUGUGGCUGGGGCAACUUUCAUGGCAGCGGGAAGCUCUGCUCCUGAGUUGUUUACAUCUGUCAUAGGUGUUUUUAUCACAAAAGGAGACGUAGGUGUUGGAACCAUCGUAGGCUCGGCUGUAUUUAACAUUCUCUGUAUUAUUGGUGUGUGUGGGCUUUUUGCAGGACAGGUUGUUGCACUGUCAUCGUGGAGUCUCUUGAGAGAUUCAAUCUACUAUACACUGUCUGUUGUUGCACUCAUUGUGUUUAUUUAUGAUGAAAAAGUUUCCUGGUGGGAGUCCUUAGUCUUAGUGCUGAUGUAUAUCAUCUACAUCGUUAUCAUGAAGUACAACUCAACCAUACAUCACUGCUUUGAAAGGAAGACAAAAAACUCUGCAAAUAUGGUGAACGGUUUAGCAAAUAACACAGAAAUGGACGAUAACAGCAGCUGCGAUGCCACAGUGGUAUUACUAAAGAAAGGAAAUUUCCACCGUAAAGCCUCAGUGAUCAUGGUGGAUGAGCUGCUGUCUGCCUACCCACACCAGCUUUCAUUUUCUGAGGCUGGGCUCCGGAUCAUGAUAACCAGCCACUUCCCUCCCAAAACACGUCUCUCCAUGGCCAGCCGCAUGUUAAUCAAUGAGAGACAAAGGCUGAUCAACAGCAGGACUUACACCAAUGGUGAGUCAGAAGUAGCAAUCAAAAUACCUAUCAAGCACGUGGUUGAGAAUGGAACAGGCCCCAGCAACUCUGCCGAGCGGGGCGUGAAUGGCACGCGGCGGGAUGAAGACAUGGCUGAGGCUGGGAACGAGACAGAGAAUGAGAAUGAGGAUAAUGAGAACAAUGAAAACGAUGAGGAAGAGGAAGAUGACGAUGACGAUGAUGACCAUGAAGGACCAUACACACCUUUUGACCUACCCACUGGCAAGAUAGAAAUCUUGAAGUGGCUCUUCACAUGGCCACUGAGUUUUGUCCUGUACUUCACAGUGCCCAACUGUAACAAACCACACUUGGAAAAAUGGUUCAUGGUUACCUUUGCUUCUUCUACCCUCUGGAUUGCAGCCUUCUCCUACAUGAUGGUGUGGAUGGUGACAAUCAUUGGCUACACUCUGGGAAUUCCAGAUGUGAUCAUGGGCAUCACUUUCUUGGCAGCUGGAACCAGUGUGCCAGACUGCAUGGCAAGCCUCAUUGUGGCAAGGCAAGGUAUGGGGGAUAUGGCUGUGUCUAACUCCAUCGGAAGCAAUGUUUUUGAUAUUUUAAUUGGCCUAGGCCUCCCAUGGGCUUUGCAGACCUUAGCAGUGAAUUACGGAUCAUAUAUUCGAUUAAACAGCAGAGGACUUAUCUAUUCUGUUGGUCUCCUGCUGGCAUCUGUUUUUGUCACAGUUUUUGGCGUCCACAUGAACAAAUGGAAACUGGAUAAGAAGCUAGGGUGUGUGUGCCUUUCCCUUUACGGCAUCUUCCUGUGUUUCUCCAUCAUGACAGAAUUCAAUGUUUUCACUUUUGUGAACUUGCCAAUGUGCAGAGAUCACUAAUGCAGGUGGCAGACUGUCAGGAGGAACUUCCUUCUUACCUGUGCAAUACAAACCACGGCUGGCAUCUCCUGAAUGCGGUGCACCUCCAAGUCGUGACGUAUAUCCUGUUCACUGUUCGUAGGACCCAUGGCCCCAUCUAGGUCUGCCCUCUCCCUGAACCCCACAACCUGGAAAAAUCCUACGUUGAUGUGAAGAUUAUUUUUUUCAACAUUCAUGUGAUUUCGUAGCUCAGUUUUUGAACAGUGUGACUGGGACUCUAGAUGAACUGGCUGCUAACUGGCGUCAAGCCAGGCAAAACUGGUCUGCUACAGUUCCUUCUUUUUUUAAGUUAUUUGAUGGAAGACUAAUUAAUUUAUGACUUAAGACUAUUGCUACAAUGCAGAAGAGGGUGCAUCGUACAGGGGCUGAUUUUCAAGGAGAAUCAUGGGAAAUUUUUUGGCUGUUUUUUUGUUUGGGUUUGUUUGUUUGUUUUAGUUUUGUUUUUCUUUUGGGGUUUGGGGGGUUUUUUUGUUGUAUUUUUGUUGUUUGGGGUUUUUUAAUUGCCAGAGAUCAACAUCUUCUCUUGCAUCUUCUUCUGGGUCUCCUGUAACGAUUCAAAGGUCACAGGGCAGUGUAAUAUGGGAAUACAAUUCAAGGUACUUGGCAUAUGAAUGGAUUUACUGCAUAUUAAAAGAAGAUUGUCAAGGCAACAGAUGAUGACUUUUUACUGUAAAUAAUCUUGUACAGGUGUGAUGAGGAAUGUAAGGUAAACGUGGAUUCAAAGGGUAAACACUACUACCGUUUUACUACUAAUGUUGGAGUUUUAUUUCUAGGAUGUUUAUGGUAUUUCCAAGCAAUAGUUUGAUCGCCAGCCCAGGAGGGCUAUCAAGGAGGUGUCCUGAUUUUUAGUGGCCUGCACAUGAAAAUGGAAGGUCAGAACUUUCUCUGCUUCGUCAGAUUUCUUUUUUUGGGGGGAUUCAACAGUUCAUGUCUUAUUCAUUCUGAGAAGGACAUAAGUAUGCAUUGGAACUUUUCUAAAUGAGUUACAGACACUGGUUUCUUUAAAAGGAAGGAGGCGUAUUUUGCACAGACCUAGUUACUGAAGUCAUAAUUUGCCAUUCUUUAAAGAAUACACUGGACCUGGUCAGAUAUUUGUCUUCUUAAGCAGUUGAACUUACCUGAUAACAGAUCAUGUGGAUUCAUCACCCCUUCUUUGGGAGGAAGACACAGAGAGAGAUGGCACUUUUUAAAAUGUGGAAUAUCUUCAAUGCAGACUCGCUCACAGAUCUUAAGUUAUUGUGAAAGUUUAGCUAUUCAUUGUUCCAAUAUCCUGCUAGAUUUUGUAUAAUACUGUAUUAAUAUGCAGGCAGAUUCCACCCCAUGAGAAACACCAUCACAGCUUCAUUUGUAUGUAUUGAUACUGUGGAUUUUUGCCAGUGCUGGCUGUUGUAUUUACUUUAACCACUGAUCACUUCUGUUUCAUUUGGUAUGUUUUUUUUUCCUUUUUCUUGUAUAUGUUCUACUAUGAAAUGUAUUAAGAUGCUACCAGCUAGGUGAAUGUUUUUGUCUAUGGUACAAACAGUGGCAAAGAUUGGUAGUAAAGGCACAGCAAACUCUAAGUAAAAGAAAGGAAGAAAAGCCAAAACACCAAACCGUAAACUAUAGCAGGAAAAAAAACCCCUCCAACUGGAAAAAAACCCCAAAACACUAAGAAAAAAACUCCAAACCCAUUCACAGACAAAAAGCCAGGUUUUAUUUCAUUUGCACUUUUGGAAGUGAUUUUUUUCAGUUUUUCUUUGGGCAAAAUCAAACUAUUUAUACCCUGUGGUUUCCACUCAGCUCAGCACUUGAUUUCCUUUCUCUGUUACACUAAAUGUGUGGAGGCACUGGCAGCUGUUGCACUGUGUGUGUCAAGGAAGUCCAGCGGAAAAAGCCGUGUACCACUGGCCUCGCUUAACAAAGUGUGCUUGUGGAUCCCUGGCAAGAAGAAGGAAGGGUCCAGGGACAGGCAGUUGAGAGAGUCAAUGACAUGCCUGUGCCCUCAUUCUGGAAAACGAUUGUGUUGCUACUUGAUCUAUGCAGCCUAUUGUUUGAGCAGCCUUCUCAUAACUACGCCUGCUGGAAGUCCUCUUGUAUUAGGAAGCCCACUGUACUUCCCUGUUGUUUUUUGGUUGCUGUCAUUUCUUUUUUGUUGUGGUUGUUAAUGAGAUUAAUAAUAAUAAUAACCACUAAAAGGCCUAAAAUACUUCCUUAAAUCAAACAAUGUUAGCAACAAUGUGGCACGCUUCACUAAAAGCCACCCCACAAACACACAGCUAUGCUCUUGUAGCAAGAUGAUGCAGUUGCUCCUAAGCAGAAUGUUUCCUUGCUGACAGAAGGGACAGAUUUGGGGAAGGAAAAAAAAGGAAUUUUACAUCAGAGCCUAUUAUUACUUCUAUUUUGAAUAUUUAUACUGCUGCUCCAAUGGAGCCAGUUGGAUCUAUUUCUACGAAAUAGCCAUUACCUAUCCCAUGGCACAAAAACUGCAUGAGUUUUUUUUUUUUUAGGAACUUUUCCUAUUGGUGUGCAUUAAUUACUGUAAUAUGUCAUAACUUUGUGUGUAAAACCUGAAAUACCUUGUUCUGACACUUGUGUGUUGUGCAAGAAUGUUCUGCAAGUUGUUUGUUCUAAGCAGAAGCAAAAGGUACGUUGAACUGCUGUUAUCUGUGCCAUAUAUGAAUUGGUAAGCACUUCCUAUGUUGGCAGUUUCAGCGAGGUGUGCUUACAAUUUGCAACCAAAUCAACCAGUGCAGACCUGGUUUGGAACAGGAUAGACCAACUGAAUGUGUGCAUUCUUGGUUUUGUCUCCAAACAAGCGAGCCCCUCCAGUUUGUUAGCAUAAUCAAAGCCUGUGGAAAAGUCCCCAAGCAAAAAAAAUUGAGCAGUUUUUAGCAUCCUUCCUGUACAACAUCUCCAAAGCUUGCAUUAUGUUCAAAUGCAGUGCAUAUCAAUACUUUACUUUUUGAGCCAAGCAGAGGACCGAGUCUGAGUGGUUCUAUCCUCUCAGAGUUAGAUUCUGGAAGCUGCCAGCUGUGCAGGGGGGACUGCCAGUGCCUCUCUCCAUUUUCUUGGUGAGAAGCUCUGCAGUGCCCAUUGCUGCCCAAGCCAUGGGCCAUCAGUGGGAUGUGGGGUCACAGGAGCCUGUCGAGGGCGGCUGAGCUGGCAGAGCCCCUGGAGGUAUGGGAUGGGACAGAGCUGUGGUGGGGCUGGGGCUUGGGACCGGAGCAGUGGGGUGGUCAGGGGCAGCUGGCUGUGGGGCAGGAGGGAGUGGAGAGGCCCAGGGUUUGGGAGGCUGGGGGAAACCAGGGGUGAAGCCAGGUUGGGCUGGGUUUUUUUAAUAUGACUGUGAUUCAUUUAUGGUUUUACUGUUCUGAAAGGAAGGGUCACCAUGUCAUGUCUGGGGCUGGUUGGGUCUUUGGACCAGUCAACUUUUUUGUUUCCAUUCCUAGUGGUUUCAGACAGUUCUUAAUGAGUAUUUCAAAGGGAGAUUAAAGAGCCUUUUCCUCAGUGGAGAGCACUUCAGUGCAGCUCUGACUUUGACUUAAAUAUGUGAUCCCUUGCUAGUUUCAACUCCGCUUGACAUGUGGAUGGCCUUCGUUUGACAGCAGUUCAAAGGCAGAGUGGUAGGAUAGGAUAUGAUACGAGGAGGUCCUCGUGUUAGAUGUGUUAGAAAAACUACUUUUCUCCCUACCAAAGGUCAAUUUUAUACUUGUCUUUUUUUUUUUUUCUUUUUUUUUAAUGUGCUGCAUUUUUUGGUAGAUUGACGGGAACACCAACCUGAAAUGUGUGCAUAGCAGGAGAUUUUGACCGGUAUAAUUCAGGUUUUUUCCUGUGAUGCUACUUGCCUGUUUUGUUUUCAGCUUUCUGUCUUCAGCUGUGUCAUUGAAAUCAAUUGAUUAGCAUGCUUUGGAUUUGUGAUACUAGUGCUUGUGAAAACAAAUGCUCGUUCUUAAGAUUCAGAUAAAUGUGUGACUGGCUUUUUCUUGACAAAACAAAUGAGGUAGGACAGCAAUCUAGUUUCAGAAAAACAACAUUCAGUGCAGGUGAAGCAACCUGAGGGUAACAUUAAAUAUCCUGCUGUCAGAACAGGAAUUUUAAUAUGCCUUUCCAAAUAACCGUAUUAAUACUUGUGAAAUAAAACGUUGAUUGAAUAUAAUUGGAUAAUUUUCUAGAAACCCAUAACUUUCUGGUGAUUGACAAAUGUUUCUUACAUCAAGAUUUUGUAGGAGCCCUAAUCCUUUCAAAUAAAGCUCACAGAGAUGCAACAGCAUAAGGUUUAUCUAUUUCAAAGUUACACCACUGGAGCUUUAAACUUGUUUAAAUACAUACUUUGAAAAUCAACCUCAGUGGACACCGUAUUUAGCUGGAUUUAAAUCUGCCCUGUAUCCAUGAAGUUUCACUUGAUCAGUAGCCACGGUAAUUUAGUCUAAAAUACACAUAAAUCCAGAUAGGAACAUCCAUAUUAGGUUUGUACAGCUUUAAGUGAAUCAGUUUAAAGCCAUGCUUUUGAGGAAAAUGCUUGAAGUUUGCAUAUUUGGAAGACUUCAGCCACUCCAAAUUUAAGGAACUGCAGAUUUUGAGUGUGUUGAAUGGAUGUACCAAGUAUAAUGCAAGGCUUGGAGUUGAAGUUAGGGAGUUCUCAGUGUUCACUGACUUGAGUGAAAGUUGACCUCUAUUGAAAUCUAUGGCAAACCCCUGAUGAUUGAUUUGUAGGGUCAGUGUACAUGUUUGCAGCAGUAAAUCCUGAAAAGGACUGUGGUACUUUGUUUUUUAAAGAUGAAUGAACUUUUUAUUGUCUUACCUGAAUAGAUAAAUGAAUAACUAUUAACACAACUAGGCAUCUUUAAGGGGAAUUCACAUGAAUAUUCUGUUAGCACCUGGUGGCCUCAAAUCUGAAGCAUAUUUCAUAAAUCUAUCUGCUUCCACCCAAUCUGCUCUGACUUGUUUGGCUGAAUUUCCACAAUCAAUCUGAGGUGUGGACAAAUCCAUGCCUUUUGGAAGUUUUCUUUAUUCAUGGGAAAGCAAUACGGGAAGUGAUGGCAGUUUGGUUCAUUGUGCACCAGGGGAUAUAAUUUGGCUGUGAAAUCUAUUGUUCACCACCCUGAAACAGCCUGAGAUCUGGGCCGAGUUAUCCAAGUUUGGGCAGAAGCAUCUAAUUUCAGGAAAGCUUCUAAAAAAAGCAUAAUUUUUUUAAAGUAACAGAUUUAAUAAUGUAUUUAUAUAGUUAAAAUGUCUUUUUUGUGGUAUAUUUUAGGUAGAGGGUUUAUUUUACUUUUUCUAGUAGCCUUGCAGAACAGAUUUUAAACCUUCCGCAUCAAAACAACGUAACAGAAAUCUUGUCAAUAUAGCCUUCAUCUGCCAGGUAGGAUUUGAACGGUGCUAAAAGUCAAUGUGAUAAUUUUACAGCAACAAUUUAACAUAGUCUUUUUACUGCCAGGGAAAACGUAACAUUGGAUGCCUGAACCUAUGAGGAUGGUUGUGCUUGACGAUAGACCUGCUCAAACGCUGAGUGAUUGUCUCUGAGGUUUUCCAUCAGCAUGCCUGGCAAGCGAAGCAAGCAGUUUGGAUUAGCAGAAUAGUAAUCUCUGUUGCUGGACAUUUUGUCUCUCUCAUGCUUUAAUGAGAGGAGGGGACUGCUGGUACACCCCCUGCCCACCCACCCCCAGCCUUGGUUACCAGUUGCUGCCUGCUAGCUUGGAAUGAUACUUGCUCCUUUUUCAUAGAAGAAACAUAGAUCUCGCAUAGGUCUAAGUCUUACCUUAAUUGUGGUCAGUGUUGUCUCCUGGCUGACAGGUGCUGGAGCAGGUGAGGAAACAAGCGCUCCAUUCACACCGUGCACAUAGAAAUGGACGUUUGGUUGCAGGAGGAGUUAAUUGCAGAAGUGUUUUGUGGAGAGAGAGGCCCAUCAUAUAAGCAAGUUUUAGUAAUCAUAGGGAUAUCUAACUCUGCCAUUACGAAUGAAAACUAAAGACUUCUGCACUCAUCCAGUGAGAUCUACGUAUGACUGGUAGGGUCAUUUCAGUAAAGCAGUCCCCUGUGUAGCAAACCACCCCAUCUCUGAAGGAUGCUUGUUCUAAUAAUUCCUGUCAAAAAGCGGUACCCUCAGUGUACAGCUACAUGGCUACCGUACAAUCACCAUCAUUUACUGAGCUUUGGAAUUUCAAAGUUUUGAAGGGGAAACCAUUUUGAAGGCCAAAAUAGCAUUCAUGUCCUCUGGCAGCCUGCAGUUCCUGUGGCUGGUGUGGCUCCUGAGAAAGCUGUGCUGGGGGCAGCUCUCGUUCUGGCCGGCACAGCUGUGCCCACUGGCUGUGGUGUGCUGCAGGGAGGGGAUGUCAGGGUACCCACAGACCAGCUGCCCUCUGCCAGUGUGGUUCAGCUGGGGUGUGCUUCUGAGCCCAGCUACUGCAGGCUCUUAGAGUUGCCCAGAGAGCUGCUCCCAAUGCAGGGGAGUGCAGCAUGCUGCCUGCUGUUCCUGGGUAAUACCCACCCCAGCUCAAGGGGCCAGGGGCAUCUGCACCUCUUCCCUGGCCUGAUUCAAGUCCUGGCAUGCUCGGGCAGGCUGUGCUCAGGCAGGCGCCGAAGUUGCAAGUUCAGAAGGUACCAGAGCCCUCGCUUAACUUGAGGCGUGUACCUUGUCAUGCAGAGGUCUGUGUAUCGAAAGCUAAGCACAUGCUUAAGAGUUUUGCUGAGGAAUUUGGUUGAAUGAAUUCAGCUCUUUGGCAUCACCAGGGUUUAUUUAAGCGCCCAACAAAUGCAGCACAUGCCGUCUGAGAGCGGGCGCUCUCAUGGGUAGCAACUGCAGCAAAAUGUUCCCAUCUGAGGCUGCGGGCAGAAUCCUGUGUGAUCAGUGAGCAGAUGAGACUGAUGAGAGCCUGUAACGAAUGUGCUUUGGUUUAAAAUAAAGGAAUUGACAUUUUAGAAGACUGUGUAAGUUUUAUAAACUGUCACUGGGAGUCAGCUACUGAGGUUUUUGAUACUGAUGCUAUUUAGGAAAGUAGAUUUGCUGUCAUGGAUUUUUGCCUUGAGGUGUCUUUCCUGUAUGCAUCUCUAGAAAGCAGUAGCCUGUGUUAGUAGCUCUGUGCAAACAGGACCUGAUGCUGAGCUCCCUGAGAUUAAAAGCAAGGUUUUCUAACCGAGGUAGAAGGGCUUGGCAUCAAGCCCAAACCUGGGGCAGUCUGCUGAUGGGGUUGUGCAGUGUCAUUUCUGCUGCGCUUGUGGGCAGGCAUCCAGCGGGUUUGUUAACAAUGCCCACCAGUGGCAGGGUGCCCCUCUCAUGUUCUCAGCAGCUCCUGCCAGCACAAAAAGGAGAGCUGGGCAGUUCCUCUGCCUGCCAUAUUCUGGUUAAUUCAUUUGGUGUUCUUGCAUUUCUGAAAUGUUCACAGGGCUUGGGCAGAGUCUUUUGAAUUUGAAGAUCCAGUUUGCUUUUGGAGGAGAUAGAAAAAAGAAUUUUCCAUUGCAAACUUUGGGCUAAGGUACCACAGCAGUAGUUCUCUCCCUUGUCCCAGCUUUGUGCAGCUGCAUCUGUAGGCAUAAAGGCAGUGAAGUGUGAAGGGCCACAUCCAGGACCCUCUGAUGCUGUUGACUGCUCUUGAGACAGCACUUGAAAUUAAGUUGAAAGCUGUAUUACAAAAACAUGCUUUUACAUCCUGACUUUUGGGUCCUGGUGCAACUUGUGUGUAAACAGGAAUAACUACUUUUGGCAAGACUAUGGCAAUGAAAGACACUUUGCAGGACCUGGUCCUGUAUUAGCAUGCAUGUCACUUCUUGACUUCACUUCAGUGAGGACAGCCUUUGUUGAGAAAGGGUUCAUUUUCUAUAGGAUGGACAAGUAAGAUGCCACACUGUGGCUAUAGAAUUCAAACGCAGUCCCUAGCAGAAGGCAGACCUCCUUCCUGGCUGUUACAGCCUGAGACCUGCAUCUUGUUAUUUUCUUAGCAAAUGCUAAAAUAAUGAGAACUAAGCUGUCUGGUAAGGGAAAAGGGGAAUGAGGCUGGAGGAAAGCAAGUGAAGGUAAACCCUGCAAUACCGUAGUUUGUGACCAUUUAAAUGAAGAAGGCUUGAGUUUUCUCAUGCUAUCUACAGACACAGCGUGCAUGCUCCCAUCCCACCAUCAAGGGCAAGUGUGUGUAAACAGAUGUGCUCUGGCUGCAGCUGUGCCAGAUGAAGAAAGAGGUGGUGACCCUUGUCCAUCCUCUGCAGCAAACACCCUUACCUGUUUGCGGAAGCUUAUCUGACUGGCAGAGCUGCUUGUCUGAUUGCGUGCUGAUCAAUGCCAGAACAUCGGGAGUUUAAGCAGUGCAGUGGGCAGUGACUUCUGGGAGCACAUCUGUUUUGGGAGGGCAUGUCUCUCUGGGACCUAAGAUGCUGUGCGCAGGAGGACUUCUGAUGAUAGAGAUGAGAUAUGCUGGGGUGUGCUGUGAAAUCUUUUUCAAAAGCAGACAUCCCUGUACACCCAAUAGACACCUGCUUGUUUCCUUAAGAUUUUAUCUUUCUCCUUGUGUUGCAGGGAUGCAGGAUUUUGCUUACACUGUCUGUCUUGUAAGCUGAGUCCCUCUGGUUUUGAAGGCUGACCCAUAUCCUGCUUAACUCAGAAUUUGUGCAACAGGCUAGCAGGAGUAGGAUGUAACUUUUCGUGCCGUAAAUUGAUGGGAGAAAUGCAAGGAGAUUUUGCUUGGCACACCGAUCUCAAAGCAAUGCACUCCAAAACAGUGUAAGCCUACUGUCUGCCUUUAAAAUACCCCAAACUGUUGAAAUAACCAGUCAUUGCACAGCACAUGGAAGGGCUUUUCAUAGGAGGUCUUUUUAAAUAGACUCUUCAAAGAGAAAUUUGCAUGUAUGAGGAUACUUUAUAUCGUAAGCGGCCUCAAAAUGAAUGAAAUGGAUAGAGCCCUGCUCAGUCCCAGUUAUGCAAAGCCGCUUGUUAUAUAACAGAUAGAACUGAUCUGAUUAAGUGGUUAUAGAUCUGACUUGGGCCUUUUAAGCUUUGUGAAGCCAGACUAUACUAUACUGUACUAGUUCUACUGAGGGACUCAGUCAUAAGUUAAUAUAAUCCAUUGGCAGAUUUUUGGUGUUAAUUUUUGUAAAAUGUAUGAGCAUAGAUUUAUAUUCAAGCAACAUAUAUAUACACACACACACACUUUACCUAAUAUGUCCACUGUUGUCACAAUGAAGCCCUGUGGCAACCAGCUGCCAGCUGCACAGUAAUAAAGCCCCAUCAUGGCAACUGCUAAGAUGCUAACUGUACCAGUAUUCAAGAUAGUCUUAUAACAUCUAUUUAUAAAUGCAAGAGAUGGUUACUAGUUUUUAUUUGUUUCCACAUUGUAUUAGCAAGGUAUUGUGAGUGGUGCAUGGCAGUUGCAUAUCUAUAAUGUAGCGAGUCAAAAGCUUUAACAGCCUAUCUUUGUACAUUCAGUAAGAUUUCUAAUUGUAAUUGCUGUUAGUCAUUUGAAAUUCCAGCUGCAUUUUCUGAACAUGAAGACAGCUUCGAAAAAGAAAAAAGCAUGUGUGAGACAUUAAGGAGGUCAGGAAAUUCUGCACUUAAGUAUUUAUACAUUUUAUUUAUUUAUUUAUCAUACAUUAAACUGAAUCCCUGGUUCAAGAAAACAUUUUCCCAUGCUGGCAGAAGAUUUAGGGACCUAAUUUCAGUCCCCACCUAAAGCUAGGGCCAGGUUUUCCUGAAUCAGGGAGCAAGCAAACUAAGCAUUAAAAGCAUUGUAGCAUCCCUUUGAGUGGCCACAAAAAGUGGUGAGACCUUCUCAGACGCUUCUUGUAACUUACUGCAUCAUUACAACUCUUGUAACUCAGCAGAGAAGCUGAGGAAUGCUGAGAGACCCAAAGAUGCUUCUGCAGUGCUCGCCUCUCGAUCUCUGAGAGCAGAAAUAUAUAAAUAGCAAAUACUCAUUGCGCUCUAGUGUUUGUAAUAUCACCGUCACAAGGUACCAUUUGAAAUUCACAUUUCAUGAGAUACUAACAAAUAGAUUAUUUUUUAUUAUUAUUUUUUAGGGGGGUUAAUUUUUCGUAAGUGAUCUUCCUUUGCCUAGUUUUCCCCGCCUCCCUUUAACAGUAAAUGGCGCUGGUUAAAUGUGAAGAUCUCUCUUCAAAACGGAUGUCAUACACUAGCAAAUGCUUGGGUGAAGCUGACAUUGUCCCAGCUUUAUGACAGGGUGGUUACUGUUUACAGCAGGCAAGGAUCUCUGCCCUGAAAUCCUGCAGUUAAAUGGUCCCACCACUCACAAAUGCAAUACUGCCCAAUUUCUACUGCGUUGCUUUGGUUUCAGGUAGACCGGUAGAUCUCCACUGUAGAAGAAUAUAGCAUGCCAUUGCUAUGGGUGUGAAUUACAAUAGGGCUUGUUGGGAAAUACAGGAGCAAUGAUGGAGUCAUUUUACAACCUCUGGAGUUCACUGGGGGUGUGGGCAGGGACUGGAAGCCU